AUGAAUGAUAAGUGGGAUGCAGAGCGUGUAUCAAAUGUCUACUAUUUGGGAGAGCUUAUCCAUAUUGAGGCCUCUGUCAUGACUAUAGGCCAUGAGCCAUUGCGGCUUUAUGUUGAUAACUGUGUGGCAACGUUGACUCCAGACAAGGAUUCUACUCCCAGAUACCAACUCAUUGAUUUCAGUGGCUGCCUUAUGGAUAGUAGAGUUAGUGGUUCCUGUUCUUCUUUUGUGUCACCAAGAGCUCAUCAGAACAAACUCCAGAUCAACCUAGGUGCAUUCAGAUUCUUGAACGGAAGGAGUUUGAUCUUCAUCACCUGUAAUUUAAAAGCCACUGAGAUAGGUAGAGUGCCAGAUCCAGCCAACAAAGCUUGCUUCUUCCAGAAACAGGAAAAUGAUGUUUCAAUCUCAGGAUGACCAAUUAAGGACAGGAGAAAUUCAGAUGGGACCUUUGGUAAUCCUGGCUUCUGAGUCUGGAGACUUUGCUCCUAGAACGCAAACGGAAAACCAGAAUAUAUCAAAUGGACAAGGAACCCCUGAGCACAGUAAGAUCUAGAAUCACCCGGCUUACUCAAACCUUCCCUGUACUAAGAACUAACCAAAAACUUGUUUUCUGCAGAUGGUGUGCACCUGAAGAUCAUAGUGGGAGUAGUAGGAGCUGUGGCUCUGAUGCUGUCAGGCUUGGUGGUAGGAGGGAUUAUAAUCUGUGGAUAUCUGACCAUUUUCAAUCUGUACAACAAGCUAAUCAAGCCCUCCAUUUAGCCCUGGCUU